AAAAAUCAUCCAAUCACGCAGCGACGCUCUUGUGGCCAGGAUUUAAAGGCAAGCUUUCGCCUAUCUCUGUCCUGUUUCAUCUGCCUCUUGCUCAGCCAUCAACAAUGGCGUCCACUCUCCCCAACCUCCACCCUCCUUCCCUCAAGUCUGGAUUCCUCGGCCGUGCCGCCCGCCUCAACAAGCCAUCGGUCGCAUUUCCGACGCACAGCCUGUCGACGAUUCAAUCGAGACCGUGCGCUAAGUUCGACCUCUCCGAGAUACUUGGCGGGCGAGGCAUCUGCAAUGGCGAGAAGGGCAUUGAGCAAGAGCUCAAGCGAACCCUCGGAGAACCGACCCCAUCGUCUGACGUCGAAAAGCCCGCGGGAGUCGAAGAGCCGUCCAUGUCUUCAGGUGGUAGAAAGCCCGCCGGAGGUGCGGCAUCAGUGGUGGAGAGCGUCCCUGAAGAUGCUUUCGAGAAGGAACUCAUGGGGUUGACUGGAGGAUUCCCCGGUGGCGAGAAGGGACUGCAGUCUUUCAUCGAAAAGAAUCCGCCGCCACCGAAGAAAUCUCCUGAGAAGGCAAGCGCGGCGGCAGUGCCAAGCUUGAAGAAGCCGAACGCACCGGAGCUGCCGCUUCUGAUGCCCGGAAUGAUUGCACUCGUGAAGAACCCGAACAAUCCGUAUUACAUGUACUGCGGGAUCGUGCAGAGGAUCACUGAUGGAAAAGCUGGAGUGUUGUUUGAAGGAGGGAAUUGGGAUCGGUUGAUAACUUUCAAUUUGGACGAGCUAGAGAGGAGAGAGAAAGGACCUCCCAUGAAGAACCCUAAGUCUGUGAUCAUUGAGACUCUACUUCAGAAGGAACCUUGAAUUUCAGUUCUUCAACAUCUCUGCUUGAUUAUGUCUGUAUAUUACUGACAAUAUCAUGUAGUUCUUCGCGGUUCCAAAUUGGAAAUAUAUCUGUCUCCGAGUGUUCCCAAA